GCAACCUCAGAUCAUUACCUUAAAUAGUUUUUUUAUUUUAUUUUAUUUUUUUGUUAAUUUAGAUUAGUCAAAAUGUUGGCUAAGAGGUCUAAGGUUACUUUAGAAGACUAUAUUCGACGCAAAAACAAAAAUAAAGUGUCGCAAUAUCCAACAAAUAACUUCAGCAUCAUUCCAUCAUGGAACAAAGAGUUUGUGUGCCUGGUUGGUCUGGAAAAUGUGGUCCAGUUUCGCUUAGAAUGGCUGGACAAGACUGCAUACUCUUCAUCUAACCAACAUAAAACCAGCGGGAAUCUUCGCACUUAUCCAUACACCUGUGCAAAGUGCAACACUGAUGUCUCCUGUACAUGGAAACGUGAUGUGGACAGUUCCAUCCUGUGUGACUCUUGUUUUCGGUGCUGUUGGAAGAAAGAUCACUGGGUCUUCAGAGAACCACCAGAGACCAUUAUCAGAUCAGUUUCUGGCAGCUCUUCCAUUUUCGCCUCAUCCAGUCAGCCUGGGUGGAAUGAGCCGGAAGCUGUCUUCCCUUUACAACAUUCCUCUUAUUCAAUCCAACAACAGUGUGAUCAGCAGGUCGCCAAGAACUCCAAGCUCCACCCUGAUUCACCUUGCUAUUGCUCCUCCUGUCUUUACUCAGAUCUUUCCUCCUCCCCAUCUGAAUCUUUCUCUGAUACUUCUUUCCAGUGGUCCUCCUCCUGUAGUUCGUCUCUUUGUGAUGGCUCUUCACCGUCAUAUCUCUCCUUUUCCUCAGAUCUUAACUCUUCUUCUUCAUCAUCCAUGACCUCUCCAUCAUCUGGUUUUCCACUGGUAAAUCCAAAUCAAUGUAUCUCUCAGAAGGUUACAAAAUCUUACAGGAUGGAGACUCCACUUGCCAAGGCUUUAAUUAAAGAUGACAAGGUUGAGCAAGAAAUGAAGAAAGAGAUAGAAGAAUGGAAGAUGAUGAACAAGUCACAAUCCAAAGAAGAGAAGAAUGGGAAGAUGGCUGCCCUAAAUGCACCUUCAAGGCAACAGAUCCUGCCAAAGACUCAGUUACUGACACCAAAUGUGCAGAGGAAAAGUGCCAAAAAAUACAAAAUGACCAUAAAGGAGUUGAACACCGUACAUGGCAAUUUGCAAAAGGUAACUCCUAAUGUUUCAUCAGCAACAUCAGGAUCUUCUACCAACACCUCAGGUUCUGGGAAGUCCAAGCCCACGAUCCACUACUUGCCCAAAACUUGGUCAGCAGUCUCAGGCAAUGCAAGAAAUCAAGGCUCAAGGUCAAGUGCAAAAAAGGGACCUGUUACAAUGGAUGAAAAGUUUAGUGUUGAAGUGCAACAUCAGGCGAACCUCACUCACCCCUCGACAGCUCAGAUCAGUUCAGCUUCUACACACAUGUUCUCCUCAUCCCAAACUGCAUUGAGUACCAACCAGGGAAAGACCAACCCUUGGGAUAAUAAGUGGGAAGCAACUUCAAAUCAGAAGAUUGAUGAUAAAUGGAUUCAGAAGCCUAAAAACUCAGUGAAGUGUACUGGCAGCUAUGCAUCCAGCUCUUCUUCUUUGUUUGGCCAACCAACGAAGUGAACCAGCAGGUUCUGGUCACCUCCUGACCCCAUGUCAGAGAAGAAUGCAGUUCUAUGCCUUUCCUUGCAUUUCCAUGUUUUGUUGCCCUUGAUGAUCGCUUUUACCAAAAAUGUUGCCACGUUCUGUAUGAUACAGGGUACCAGUUAUCUCUUCAACGACUCUGUUUACAUCAAGAUGGUAUAGAGCAGGGUUGUCCAGUCUUAUCCGCGAAUGGGUGGACGGCAGCAGCUUUCUUUCCAACCAAUCAGGAGCCGCAGAACCUCUGGUGCAGAGCCUUCGGUGUGGAUCGGUUGGAAUGAAAACCAGCAGCCAUUCCAGAUGUUCUGUACCAGGUGUGGCUCCUGAUUGGUUACGAUUGGACACUCCCUGCUUAGAAGAUCCACAUCUACCUUCCAGAGUUGAUUUCAAGGUUCAUGCACAUUUCACAUGUUUCAGAUGAUAAGAAUUCCUCUAUUUUUUGUGUUCCGUUGUUUGCAGCUAAAUGUUUUUGUUUUGUUUCUGUUUAUUUAUUGUUCAAAAUUGUUUAAUAGAAGGUGAAACUUUGCCUUGAAGACAUGGUUUGGAUAGAAAAUACAAGAAUUGGCAGAUUUUCUGUCGUUACAUUUAUACAUCUUCCGUUGAACUGGAUACAUCGAAUGCUUGAGCGCAAUGUGACAAAACAUAUCGGUUUCAGUUU